CCACCAUCAUCACCAUCGCUACCGCCACCUCCUCCGCUGCCACCUUGGAGCCCUCCUCCUUCUCUGCCCCUUCCACCACCUCCCAGCUCUCCAGGCCCUGCGUCCUGGAGAAGAAGCCACGUUCGGUCUCGCUGGCGGCAGGCCCGGGAAGCAGCCAGGGCGGACGGUGGCGGCGGCGGGGGAACGUGCGCGGUGGGCGGCGGUGGUGUUGGCCAGGCCUCUGCUGGGUCAGCGACCGGUGCAACUGGGGCUGGCGGGAGCGGCGGCCCCAUCAACCCGGCCUCGCUGCCUCCUGGCGACCCGCAGCUCAUCGCUCUCAUCGUAGAGCAGCUCAAGAGCCGGGGCCUGUUUGACAGCUUCCGCCGGGACUGCCUGGCCGACGUGGACACCAAGCCAGCUUAUCAAAACCUGAGGCAGAAAGUGGAUAAUUUUGUGUCACUACAUCUGGACAAGCAGGAAUGGAAUCCUACCAUGAACAAAAACCAGUUGAGAAAUGGUCUGAGGCAGAGUGUGGUUCAGUCAGGGAUGUUGGAAGCUGGAGUAGACAGGAUUAUUUCUCAGGUGGUGGAGCCAAAACUAAACCACAUCUUCAGGCCACAAAUAGAAUGAGCAAUUCAUGAGUUCCUGGCAGCCCAGAAAAAAGCAGCGGUGCCAGCACCCCUUCCAGAGCCUGAAGGCCAGGACCCUGCAGCUCCAUCCCAGGACACUUCCUAAGAAUAUUCCUGACACAUUUUGAAAGUGCCAUUUAAUCAAUGGUGAAGAAGUGGAUUCAGAUAUGUAAGAGUGCAACUUCUUGCACUCUUGAAGAAGAGUGAAUGAA